UAUCAAGAAAAGAACUAUCGUUUAAAAGCUAUCCUACACUACACAUUACAAUGGCUCCCAAAAAGAAGUCACCACGGCCUAAGAAGUCCAUACCUGAAUUGACAACAGUUGAGAGUGGAGUGGUUGUCCCAGAGCUGGGCGUUAAAAAGCUGGAGUUUCCACUUAAUAUUGAGCAGCUGAACCGGCUCAAUGGGGUUCCCUUGCCGCCCCCUGUGAUCCGACCCGGGGAGAAGGGUUUCGGCCUGGGCACUGAGCUAACCCGUCCCCUGCAUGGAUCCGCUAUGCUGGAGGAGCUGAGCCGCAUGAGACAGGAACGCUUCCUCACUGACAUGGAACUGGCCUGCAAAACCAAGGCAUUUGAUGUUCACAAACUAGUCAUUUCCUCAGUCAGCCAAUAUCUUCGUGAAGUCCUGGCUAAAGACCCUGGACUCAAACGACUGGAACUUCCUACCCUCUCACCUCUCGGACUUGCCAAUGUGAUUACAUUUGCUUACCUGGGCCGUGUGCACAUGUCCCUGUACACCAUUGGCUGCACUGUGGCUGCGGCGAGCACAAUGCAGAUCCCUCAUCUUCUCCAGAUGUGCAUGGAGUUCAUGAUGUCCGAGGUGAACGCUCACACGUGUGUGUACAUAUGGAACAUCGGCGCUGCGUACGGCCUGAUGCCUGUCCGCGAGGCCGCCCGGCGCUUCAUUCUGGAGAAUUUUGCCCAGUUUUGUGAGACAGCCCAGUUUAACCAGCUCACCCUGGAGCAGAUCACAUCUUUCCUGCAAGACGACAACCUAGUUCUUCCCUCGGAGGUCACCACCUUCCAGAUGGCAAUGAAGUGGUUAGACUUUGACCCAAAGAGGCAGGAACAUGCUGCAGAAGUGCUGUCUCACGUGCGCUUCGAGACCAUCCCUGCCAACGAGCUGGUUAGUGAGAUCCAGCCAGUGGCUCGUAUGAUGCUAGAUCCUCGGUGUCACCGUCUUCUGGUGGAUGCCAUGAACUACCAUUUGCUGCCUUACCAGCAAAACACACUGCAGUCACGGCGCUCAAAGGUCCGGGGAAGCCAGAGUGUUCUUCUAACCAUUGGGGGUCGCCCGUCUCUAACGGAGCGUGCCCUGAGUCGAGAGGUGCUGUGGAGAGAUCCUCGAGAGGGAACGGCUACAUGGCGUCAUCUUACUCAGCUGCCAGCAAAGAGCUUCAACCAGUGUGUGGCUGUGAUGGAUGGAUUCCUGUAUGUGGCAGGAGGAGAAGAUCAGAAUGAUGCCCGAAACCAGGCUAAACAUGCUGUUGGCACUCUUAGCAGAUAUGAUCCUCGCUUCAACACCUGGCUGCAUCUGACCAGCAUGCGCCAAAGACGUACACAUUUCAGUUUGGUGGCCACUGGUGGGCGGCUGUAUGCCAUUGGUGGGCGAAACACCGAUGGCCUCUUGGCCACUAUUGAGAGCUACCAGCCCUCUACCAACACUUGGCAGCUCCGUACGCCAAUGGAUAUGCCACGAUGCUGCCAUGCCAGUGCAGUCCUACCAUCAGGAGACAUCUUGGUGACUGGCGGCUAUGUCAACUGCGCUUACUCUCGCUCGGUCAUCCAUUAUAGCAUUGACACCGACACUUGGAGCGAGCAGGGAGAGUUGGAAACACCUCGAGGAUGGCACUGCUCUGCAACAGUAGGUGGUAAGGUGUACGUUGUAGGUGGAAGCCAGCUUGGUCCCGGUGGAGUCCGCAUUGAUGUAAUGACCAUGGAAGUCUUCUCCCCUGAGAGCAAAGAGUGGACAAGAGCGGCAAGCCUUCCCUUAGGAGUGAGCACAGCUGGCAUGUCCCCACUUGGAGAUCACCUGUACCUGCUGGGUGGGUGGAACGAAGAAGAGAAACGUUACAAGUCAGCGGUCCAGCGCUUUGACUCAGGCACUGACAGCUGGUCAGCAGUGGAAGAUCUGCCAGAACCCAUAGUGGGAGUGUCUUGCUGUGCCCUACCUUUGCCCCCACGUCAAGCGUCCCGAAGACACCGAAACACCCCUUCCCAUGAAGACCAGAGCAGAGUGACACAGCACAACACCGCAUGAGAAAUGAAAGCUGGGGAAAGUCAAAGAGCAAAAGAGAGACAGGGUGAAAGAAGAGAUUGUUAGAGUGUAGAAAAGAGAGAGCGAGGGAGAGGGACGUAUUGAUGAAAUGGAGAUUUAGAGAGUAGAAAGUAAGGAGUAACAACAUAAAGGGAAAAGCCAGCACAGAAGUCAUCUUGUU